GAGCACUGUGGGGUGCAUCACCCCAGAGCUGGCUACCCUCCACCCGUGCUGCCUCACUAGACUUUUCAAAUCAGUUGAUUUCCCUCUGGACACUGUUACCCAUGCUCCCGGCAGCCUGCGAAGCGCAGGGAGAUGCUGACGCUUCAGAAACCUUGUCUGAAGCCUGCAAGGAAGGGGGUGGGGAGAUAGCACAGACCUGCAGACAGCUGGGAGAUGCCGGACUAGUCUGCAGCCAGACAGACUAAGCCACCAGCAGCAGCAAGAUAAGCAUCUCCCUGGCCCUGCCCACCCACCUUUUGUGCUACGGAGCCUUCCCCGCCUCCUCCGUCUCUCCCCACCAGUGUUUCAUCGUGGAGCCACCACCAGCAGCACAUAAAUAGAGGAUCCAGGGCAGGCUGUGGGGCAAAGACCAGAGACACCACUUGGGGUCCUGCUCUGCACCCUAGCAUCCGUCCCGCCUGCCCAACCACCCUGCAGCAGAAGCAUGGCUCUCACCAGUGCCCUUCGCCUGUUGCUUGCCUGCCUCCUGCUCGGUGGUGUGGCCCCAAAACCUACGUGUGACCCUGGCACCUGCACCCCGUGCCCUGACAGGGACAUGGAGGAGCCAACCACUGCUGAGGGCUGCUGCCCGCCCUGCCCCGCACCCUGCGCCUGCCCCCCUUACCUGCAGAGCGACUGUGAGAUGCAAGGCUUCGCCAGCGGCCACGUCCCCGUCGGCCGCUCCUUCUACAUCGACUUUGCCCGCAAGCUGUGUACCUGCCACCCCGGUGGGGACAUCACCUGCACCCCGCUGUGCCCCAGCCUGCCCCCCACCUGCCAGGCUGUGGGCAGCCCUGUGGCUGACGGCUGCCCACAAUGCGUGUGCUAUGACGAGGAGGAGAUGGCAGUGUCCGCUGGUACCACCACCGCCCGGGGGGACCAGGUUUGUACCUGCCCAGCCCAGGGAGGCCGGCUGCAGUGCAAGAACAAGGAGUGAACUGCGCUGUUCCCUCUGCUGGCAAGGGCAGGGGGACAGGGGAGCCCCUCCAGCAGCAGGAGGGCAUCCUCAUUGGGAGGUAUUAAGUGCUUCAAACUGGUUUAGAGGACUUGGCGAUGGCUGUGGCUGUGCCAAAGAGCACUAGAGAGGUGCCUCAUUGUAUGUCAUGUAUACACCAGGGCAAAGCGUCUAUAGCGGGUGAGCUUGCUUCGUUUAAGUUUUGUUCCAUGGCGGUGGUCUAUGAGAGCUUAGACUGGCUGCUGCUAGCAUGUAACUGGAGCAAAGGCAGUUAUUUAUUUAUUUGUAAGAUGGUUGUGCUUUUGUAUGUGUUUAUGCAGCCUGUCUAUAUAACUCGCUGGAUAAACUUCCUCCCAGGAGCCAGGGUUUUGCUUCCUGUAAUUCCAUCAAGUUCAAGGUGAUGGGACCAAACUCAGAAGGCUGGCUGGCAUCCCUCUCUCCAGGCUUGUUUUGAGGUGGGAGGAGUAGGUGGGUUAGCACAGGGCUGUGUUCUUAGAAGGAAGCAAAUUCCUCUUGUGCCUGCAUCCUCCAGAGCAAAGCCUUGAAGACUCACGUAAGGAUGUUGGCAGUCUAGGGUCAGUCCUUCACAGCCACCUCAAUGGACUAGUCACCCAGGGCCGAUACCAUUGUCAGUCCUUGACAUGUCCCAAUACCUCAGACUGCAUGUCAGUGACUGUGUCCUCACUUGUGCUCUCCUGUUACCACUGGAGACAGACACAGGGUACAGCAGAACUGCGUCUUCUGAAUGCUUUGAUGUAUAUAGAUAUAUUACACACACACACACACACACACACAUAUAUAUAUAUGCAGAGAUACUUCAAUAAACACCACAGCUUCCUCAGGCUGAGAUGUUAA